UGAACUAUAACUGUACUAUAGCCAUUAGGCCUAUAGUAUAUAUAGUGUAGGCUACAAAGAAUUAUUAUAUUUUGUAACUGAGUUAAUCCAGUGGGAGACCAAGUCAGCCAAAAAGAAGUCUUUCAACUUUGUGAGGUAUAAUUUCAAUUAAUAAUAAUGAAAGCCCAGUAACAGUUGCUUUACAAUAAUUUAAAUUUAUUAUUAUCAUAGAAUGUGUUCAUAAUUUAAUGAUAGGCUAACUAACAUAAAACUAGAUUUCUUUUUAAACUAAAUUUCCAUAUUCACUCUAUAACUAGUUGUAGUAGUAGUAGGCCUAAAAUAUAAUUGUUAUGGCUUACAUAAUUUGUAAUCUUUCUUUAAAUCCAUUAAAGUCAGCAAUGGCCCAACCAUUCACUGUAGUGGGUACUUGGACUUUCUCUCAAGCACCAGCACUAGAGGCUGCCAAGAGACUAGCAUAUGGCCAUUCAGCUCUGGAUGCUGUGGAGGCUGGUAUCACUAGUCAGUUUAUCAUAAUUAUCAUCUUAUUUAUUUAAUUAAUUUUGAUCCUGGCUAAUAAAUUGUUGACUUCACUGUAAAAAUAGUUCGUCUAGAUUAGGGUUCUUGAAUAUUAUUGAGGUAAAACAAUGCUCAAAGUUCACUAAUUGACCAGUGAAAUUCAAUGAAAUAGCAGUGAAGACCACUAUUAGUCACUCUUGCUUACAAAAAUAUCUGAACGUUAAAAAAGGGCAUGUAGUCUAUAAUGGAAUUGUAUCUGAAGUUGAAAUUGUAAUUUACUAUUGAAUUAAUUGAAACAAUUAUCAUACUGAAAUGCCACAGUAGCAGAAGUAGAUCCCACUUAUGGCCCAUACCAUGUUGGAUGUGCUGGAUGGCGAAACUCUAACAAUGUUCUGGAACUUGAUGCCGCAAUAAUGGACGGAAAGCAGCUAAGCUUUGGAGCUGUUACAGCCUUGCAGGGGUUAGAUGUAUUUUUUUUUUUUUAAAUGCCUUUAUUAUAGCCAUAUGUUUUAUUGCAACUUAUUUAUGUUUCUUCUUACUUGUUUUCAUAGCUGUUGUACUUACUCUUCCAGUUAGCUGGACUCCACACAUAGUAUUGUGUAGGAAAAUUAUUUUUUUUAUGUAGAACAAACACUUAUCUACAAAUACAUCAAAUGAUUUCACUUGGGCCUCUCAAACUUUUAAGGAAAGUUGGGCAACAACUGAUCUCAUAACUUGAAACUAUUACAGAGAGUAAGGAAGACUGAUAUGCUAUUCCAAUUCAGAUUCCCACAAGCCAUCUCUGUAGCACGUCAAGUAAUGGAAAAAAGCCGGCAUAGUAUUCUGACUGGAUCAGGUGCUGCAUUAUUUGCAGAGUCACAUGGCUUCAAAUAUCAGCCAAACCUUGGCGUGAACUCUGUAAGUUUGCCAUAAUAUUUUGUGAGUCCAACAAUUCUUCUAUAUAAAGUAUCCAACUUGAUCAAUGUAUAAUAGUUUUGAAUAUUAUAAGAAAAUAAAUUCUCAUGAAAUACAUUCAUAUAUAUUUAUAUAUAUAUAUAUAUAUAUAUAUAUAUAUAUAUAUAUAUAUAUAUAUAUAUACAGACAGACUGAUUUAAUAAAAUAUAUAUAACAUAAACUCUAUAAAAAAAAUAUUAUAUACAGACAGACUGGUUUAAUCAAAUGUACUUAACAUAAGCUCUAUUAAAAAAAUAUUAUUUUAUUAUUUUAAUUAUCUAAGAACCCUUCUGGAUUGCCAGAUCGCAAUAAGAAAUUCCAGCUCCUCCUACAUUUAUUUAAUGCAAGUUCCUACAUCACCAGCCUUGUGGAGAGCCCAGUUCACUUGCCCAAGUUCAGUGUGCUGGACAUGAUACACUUGGUCUCCUGGCUUUGGAUGGUACAGGUAACAUUUGUGCAGGUGAGACAACCAUUUUUUACUGUCACAGAAAUCAAGACAAAUAGAUUUAAACUUUAGUAACUAGCAUUAUUUGAUUGUUUCCUGGCAACACAUGUGUGUCAAAACUCUUAUUAUCCAUUUUUAGAUCGAAAUGACAGUAAAAAUCUGAAAAAAUGAAUACAGUCCAACUGAAUUGGGUUUUGGUUGAAAAGACAGUUACAUGAAAUAAAGAAAUAAUUCCUGUGGUUAACCAGUCUCUUUUAAAUGGGAAAUCAAAUAAAUAAUUUGAUCUUUUUGUUGUCAGGCCUAUGCUUUUAUUGUUUUAUGUUUUUUCUCAGGUGUGUCCACAAGUGGGAUGUCAGGUAAACAUCCAGGAAGAGUAGGAGACAGUACAUUACCUGGAUGUGGCUUGUAUGCUGGUUUGUUGAGUUUUCUUCUUGAUUCUUAGUCCUUAUGAAUAUGCAUAACUUAUUUUUCACUCACAGUUGCAUUAACUACAAUGAGUUUUCACUAUUCAGAACUGUUCUCAUAAUUUAUUUUAUUUUAUUUUACAAUUUUUUUCUCUGGGUAAAACUUGAUUUUGAUAUGAAAUUCAAUACAUUUUUUCACUUAUUAUGGGAGUAUACAUUUUCUUAGCAAAGUUGUUAUCAUGUUUGUUAAUUAAAACAAAUUACUGGUAUGAAGUUUGAUAAUCUUCUUUUCAAUGGAUCAAUUCAAAAAUAAAAUUUUACAGACUCUUUAUACGGUGCGGCAUGCUGCUCUGGUGAUGGGGAUGAAAUUCUUAAGUUCUGUCCAAGCUAUAAAGUUGUGGAUCUUUUAAAGCAGGUUAUUAAAUUUAUUUAAAAUAAAAAUAAUUCACAUUUUAAAUGACUAAAUAAAUUUUAUCCAGUUUUUUUAUCUGAUCAAAAAAUUCAUCUAGGUUGGAUUUCAUAACUUGAGUCCUUGAUUAGAGCUUAGUUGCUCAGAGUAGACUUAAAUAUUCAGUGUUUGAAUAAUUUCGUUAAGAAUAUGUUGAUGGAGGUAAAAAAUUAGAUAGCAUAUUCUCACAUUCUUGAUUGUUUGUUUCAAAGGGCAAAAAUCCCCAGGAAGCUUGUCAGCUGGUGACCAAUGAGAUUUCACAGCACCGUGGAUGGAAGGCCAGAUUUCAGUUAGUCAUUAUUGCUAUAGAUGCCAAGGUGAGCCACUCAGGUUUUACUAUUUGCUUGAUGAGACUGAAGAUGUUAUGCUGCCAAGAACUAUAGACAGAUGAAUUAAAUAUAUUGAUGUUGGUGAUUUAAUUAAUGGUAAAUAAAAUCUGUGAUUUUUUUAUUCUAAUUCUUCUUGAAGAUCAGUAUAAAAAGUGUCAAAAGUAUAUGUUUUAAAUUUUCCUCUGAGUAUUUAAAAUAAUGUUUCAUCCAGAGUCUGUGACUUUUAUCUAACUCUAAAUCUUAACAAGAAAGACUUAAGAAUCCAACUCAUCAACUCAAUCAUAAAAUUUAUUCCAAAUUCAUGUGCCAUAGACAGGUUGGUAAAGUAAGGAGCUUGAAAGAUUUUUUUUCUUUCAAACAGUGGGAGGAAAGGGGGUGGUGUGGAGAAAGGAGUAUGGAAAAGUGGUGAUAUACUGACUGUUACUUCAUUUUAAAAAAAUCCAUUUGACAAACCAUAUUUAAAAACUAAUUGUAAAAAUAAAAGAUUGUGUAAUAAUAUAUAGGAUAUUAAAAAAUAUACCUAGUUUGAAUUGGUCUACUUAAACUGCGAUUCCCAAAUAUUUUGUACACCUGCACAUAAUUUGUAACAAUAUCUAACAUUCCAGGGGCAAACUGGAGCUGGUAAUCUCGGGGUCGACACCUGGACAGAUUGUAACACUGGCAAGAUGUACCCAGGUUUCCCUUACACUCUGAGGUCACACCAGGAUGAUGAUGUGUUGGUCCAGGUUGUGCCAUCCAUGACACAUUAAU